GUGUCGCGGAGCAGCCCUCGAAGGUUCAAGAUGAUGCCGUUUCCCUCUCCAUUGCACCCACCUCUGAGCCUGAAGAGCCUGACGAUGUCUUCGAUUCCAGAGUCCAGCUGACUCGACAGCAGCAACGUGGCGAGGAGGAUGAAGACAUGGGAGAGGACCCGAAGCCAAAGACUACCCGGGGCCGGGGUCGCGGCGGCGGUCGUGGUCGGGGCGGAAGGGGAAAGUGCAUGAAAAAGCCCGCUGCUGCCGAGCCUGCUUUCCAAGUGGAGCGUGAGAAGGACGACGAGUCGGAGGAGCGGAGGGAUCUUGGCAAACUCUUGGAUGCAAGCAAGUUGAAGGCUGCCAAGCCUGGCAAAGCCUUGCCUGCAGCGGAGACAGGCAAGCCGAAGGUCAAGAAGCCGGAGCCGACAGCAACUGGGUCAAGCAAGACGAAAAAGGCAAAGGUUGCCGAGGCAAAGGAUGAUGUGACCAAGCAGGGCAAGAAACGAACCCGCGAGAAGAACUCCGACGCCGCUGAGGAUGGUGAUGGUAAGAAGGUGAGAAACACCUUCGCCAGACGACCCCGUCCCAAAGAGGGAGCGAAGCCGGCCGUGGUGGCCAAGUGGCAUGGCCUUGGGCAGAUCUACGACAGUCAGAUUGGUCCUCUUCUGUAUGCUCCCAGCAAGUACGAGGAUUUCGGGGUGGACGACUUCUGGAAGUUCUUCACGACGAAAUGCUCCCAGCAGACUUGCGAGACCGUCGAAGAGAUCACAGCUAUGGCUGAGAAGAUUGUGCCCAAAUUCCUAAAGGGUUGCAAAGGCUAUGAAGCAAAAUCUCCCGAGGCUGACUAG